AUGUUCUCCCGCUCCUACGCCACCUCGCACGCCAUCGAGCAGCAGCGCCUCUCGUCCCCGGCCACGGCCCCUCUUCGUUCGCCGCCCUCGCUCGCGCGCGCCAUGCGCUCCAUCCCCGACGAGCUGCGCGCCAUCGCCCCCUCAUCGCCCAACACCCUCGUCGACCAGCCCCUGUUCGAGGAGGACGAGGCGACGCUCAACAUGGAGCUUGACCACGAGCCGCUCACGGCGGCCGAUGCCGAGGAGCCCCCUGUCGAGCAGCCGCACGAGGAGGUCGUCGCUGCGGACGACCAGGAGCAGGCGCAGGCGGAUACGACCCUCGUCCUCGAGGCGCCGAUCGAGCCCGACUCGCCCGAGGAGCCUGUCGUCGAGGCGGAGCCGGUCCAGCACGACAAGCCGCGCCCGCGGUCCAGCUUCGUCGCCCGCCUCCUCUUCCCGUCCAACCCGGCGCCGUCUUCCUCCUCGGCCUCGUCGAGCAGCUCCCGCACCAGCCGUCUUUCCCUCCCCGCCGCCAGCACCUCAGCCGCGCCCAACCCGUUCCUCAGCAAGCGCACCUCCCUCCCUGGCCCCUCGGCAGCGCGCGCCUCGCUCGGCCCCAAGUCGCUCGCCCCCCUCUCGUCGUCCUCCUCUACUUCGGCCGAGGGUGCCCUGCCCGCACUUCCUCUCGCCGCCGAGCUCGCCUCGCUCAAGGCGCGCAAUACGGUCCUCGCCUCCGCGCUCUCGGCCGCCGAGGGCCAGCUCGCGACGCUCGCCGACGAGCGGGCGCAGCGCCGCACCGACGCCGAGGGCUGGGAGGCCGAGGCGCAGCGUCUCGCCGCUGAGCUCGCCGCCGCCACGGCUGCCGCAGGCCCAUCCGCCGACGCGGACGUCGACGAGCCGAGCGCCGCCGACCGCGUGCGCGCACUCGAACGCGCGCUCGCGAUCGAGUCGGCGAAGCGCCGCAGGGGCAAGGAGCUCCAGGCCAAGCUGCGGUGCGAGCUCGUCAACCGCCGGUGGAAGGAGAAAUGGGAGGUCGAGCUGCUCGAGCGCGAGGAGCGCAGGUGGGAGAUCCAGGUGGCCGAGCUCGAGGGCGAGAUGGCGCAGGUCAAGUGGGAGAGGGACAUGGAGAAGGCCGAGCGGGAGGAACUGCAGGACCUUCUCGCCUCGCGCGACGCCCGCAUCUCGGCCCUGUCCGGCGCCCGCCAGCUCCUCCUCUCGUCGUACCACACCGCCGAGUCGACCAUCGCCACCCUCCGCUCCGACCUGUCGUCCCUGCGCUCGGCGUUCGACGCGAAUGUCGCGGCGUCGUCGGCUCGCAUCGCCGAGCUCGAGCCGGUCGCCGCCGAGGUCGACGAGCUCAAGGCCGAGGUCAAGCGCGUCGAGCAGGGCGGCAAGAAGAGCGAGGAGGGCGACAAGAAGGCGCUCGAGAAGGAGAAGGCCAAGCGGGACAAGGUCGAGGGCGAGGUCAAGGAGCUCAAGACGCAGCUCAAGUCGACUCAAGCUGCGCUCAAGGCGUCCGAGAAGACGGCCGCCGCCGCCCAGUCCGCCCUCGAAACCGCCCACCGCGCCGCGACCGCCGCCGCCAAGCAGGCCCUGCAGCGCAGCAGCAGCACCGUCAAGCCGGCGCCGCAGCAGCACGACAACGACGAUGACGCCGCCGACACCGUCGAGGCGUCGCCCGAGCCGCCCGUCAAGACCAAGCGCGCCGCCAAGAAGGCGGCGCCGACCCCGUCGCCGUCACCUGCGCCUGUCGCCCUCGAGACCGAGGUCGAGGACAGCGCCGACGAUGCUGGCGAGCCGGCGUCGGAGCGCGAGGACGAGUCGGCCGUUGAGAAGGAGGACGCGCCCGCCCCGGUCAAGAGCCGCGCACCGGCGGUCAAGCCCAAGGCCAAGGCCGUCAAGGCGACUGCGCCGGUCGUCAAGAAGGUCAAGAAGGUCGUCCCUGCCCCGGCGGCCGACGACGAGGUCGACGAGGACGACGCGCCUACGCCCAAGAAGGCCGCUCCGACCAAGAAGCGCAAGGCGGGCGUCCUCGGCGACAAGUCGGCCAACUCGUCGACGACCGUCGAGUCGACCAAGGAGCGCGACGAGGCCGGCGGCGUGCCGCUCAAGGUCCGCAAGGGCAAGAAGAAGAUGGCGGUCGAGACGGACGACGACGAGCCGGCGGCGGUCGACGAGCCGGCCAAGAAGAAGAAGGGCAAGAAGGACGUCGACGGCGAGCCGCCGAAGAAGAAGAAGAAGAUCCAGCUCUUCGGCGGGCCCAAGCAGAAGUUUGCGACGUCGUGGGGGAACCUCGAGAACGCCAACAUCAACUCGGUCGUGCCGCUCGACCUGUCGCCCAUCAAGCUCGACCCGCCGAAGAACAAGUCGGCGCUCAGCCUCGCGCUCGGCGGCGGUGCGGCGCGCAAGAACAUCUUCGGCUAGACGCCCUCUUCUUGUCUCCCCGAGCCUGGCCCCUUCGUCUUUCGUGCCCUCUGUCCGCCGUCGAGCUCUUUCUUUGCCUGCUCGCGGCGACGGCCACCUUUCCCUUUGCCUUAGCUCCCCCUCUAGUAGCUGUGUCGGUCGCGGGCUCUCUUGUAGAUGUGCAUCUUAGCGAGCCUCGGUUCUGCCCC